GGGCUGUCUGGAAUACAAAAGGACAUCCUCACAGGUUGAGCACAGGCGUGAUCUGGUGUUUGUGCAGGAUUUUCAUUUCUCUUGUGACAGUCAGCCUCAGGUAUGAGGGCCUACAUAGUAUUCAUUUGCUUCCUGGUAGCAACCUUUGCCUUGUCUGUGAAUAGUAAACCUCAUGGCAAACGUCAUGGAUUGCGAAAGAAUGCCCAUUCAGCCAAGGAAAAGGAGAUCAUUACAGAGGAGGCAAACAAGCCGCAGAUCUUGCCAACUUUAGUAUCUAUUGAGGCAAGUAGCCAGGAGCAGGAAGAUGAAGAAAUGAGCUCUGAAGACAACUCUAACGCUAACAAGGAGGAAGGAGAGUUUCAAGUGACAGAGAGGAGCGACAAAAGCACUGCAGUCCUGCUGAGUGAUGAAGAAUUGGUUGACCUCUUGAAGAAAGAGGCAAAGGAGGAGCAGGAAGCAGAAGAAAGAGAGCUGGAGGAAGAAGAAUUGGAGACGGAGCAAGACAAGCUGGAGGCAGGUGAGGAUGAGGAAACCCAGGGGAAGAAGCUGGAUGACAAACUCAAGACAGAGGGAGAUGUGAAAGAGGAGCCAUAUGAGAAAGAAGAGGUGAAAGAAGAGAGGGAGGAAGAUGAAGAAAAAGUGGAGAAAAAAGAUGAGGAGGUGGAAAAGAUGCCACAGGAGGAAAAGGAGCAGAUAGCAUUGCAGGAGGAAACAGAUGGAAGCACAGAGUCAGAGAUUCCAGCUGAUCUUGACUAUGCUGCUGAUGGUAGCAUCUUACAACCACUACAGAUCUCAAAAUUGAAACCCCAACUAGAUGACACCCAGACUCUCCCACAAACAGAUGCAAAGGGGAAAGAAACCACCAUUUCAGAUGACUUUGAACAUGAAGUACAAAACACAGAGGCAGCAGGCAGUGAGGAAGAGUCUGAUGGAGAUAUAGAGGAACAUUCAAAGGCCAAGUCUAACAAGAAAGAAACCGUAGCAAAUGUAGACCCUCAAGAACCAAAGAGUGGGACUAAGUUUGAAUCAGGGUCACGACUGGCUGCGAAGGAAGAAGAGAAAAGUAAGAAUGAGAGUGGGAGUCACAGCAAGGGAAAGGCAAGGAAGCAGAAGAAGAACCAGAGGGCAAGGAAGCACUCUCCACAGAAUGAUGACACACAGCCAGGACAGGAGCAGAGCCAGCAGGAUGCUCAGGAGUCUGAGGGCGGCAGCAUCGACAAUACUGUUCAAAAGGCAAAGAGGAGGAGGGCAGGGAAAUGGGGUCCUUUGGUAGGAAUGAAUCCUGUGCAGAUAAGAGCCACAGUGGAUCUCUACCCCAGUUCCAGGUCCUCUCUGGGGGGAAGCACUCAUCGCUCAGAUGCCCCCGCAGAUCCUUGUGACAACUUCCCUUGCAAACGUGGAAAGACGUGUAAACUUGAUGAAGACAACAAGCCAAGCUGUGUGUGUCGGGAGCUGACAGAAUGUCCUCCAAGUAUGAAUGAGAUUGAUCACGUUUGUGGGACAGACAACAAAACCUAUGAUACAUCAUGUGAACUCUUUGCUACCAAGUGCAACCUGGAGGGCACCAAGAGAGGACACAGACUUCAUCUGGACUACACUGGGCCUUGCAAAUUAAUACCUCAAUGUGUGGAAACUGAGCUGAUCCAGUUUCCUCUGAGGAUGAGAGAUUGGCUGAAGAAUGUGCUUCUGCAGCUGUACGAACAUGACUCCAUGUCUCCUGGAUUCCUCACUCCUAAACAGCGAUUUAGAGUGAAGAAGAUCUUUGAGAGUGAGAGGCGUCUUCAUGCUGGUGAUCACUCAGUUGAGCUGCUCGCACAAGACUUUGAGAAAAACUACAACAUGUACAUAUACCCUGUGCACUGGCAGUUUGCUCAAUUGGACCAACACCCCUCAGACAGAGUGUUGUCACACUCUGAGCUCGCCCCUCUAAGAGUCCCUCUGGUGCCGAUGGAGCACUGCACCUCACGCUUCUUCCAAGAGUGUGACGCUGACAAGGACAAGCAGGUGUCAUUUAAAGAGUGGACUUCCUGUUUUGGCAUUAAGAGUGAGGAUAUGGAUACCAACCUGUUAUUCUGAGCCCCAUUUUGACCCCCAUCACACCUCAGCUUUAGACAGAAAGCACAUGAAACUCUGUUUUAUAAGCAAGUUUGACGCAUUCAAAUGAAAGAAACUCAUUUUAUCUCCUGCUGUAGGGGGCAACUGUUGCUGUUUUCAACUUGUCUCAGGCUAAGCUUGGACAUUUGGAUCUUUGUUCUAUAUUGUAGUUUAAAUUGCUAGAAUAAUUAUUUUUUAUGUAGAAUAUAAGAAAGAGUUAUUCAUAGUUUGUGUUUUCCAGACACUGUUUUCUAAUGCAUUCCAAACUGGGGAGAAGUUUACAUCAGCUAGUAGAAUACGUUUUGUACAUAUAAAAGGCUCUGAAACAACAGUGGUUUGUAUGUUUGAGUGAUUUAGUUCAGACUCUCUAAAUGAAGGUUUGUCGGAUUAUUCUAGUAGAAAAUGUUAACAAUAAUCUUAGUGGCAACUGCUGUAAAAAUGUUUGUAUUUACAUCCUGUUUCACUUUAAAUCUCAUUAAAGCUUCACAUUAUCAUG